UGUUGAUGUGUUGCUACCGCUGCCUUCACCAAAAAUUCCUAUUUUGAAGUCACCAUAAAAGCAUAUCUUCUGGUCACGAGUGAUCCAAAUAUAUCAUAAAGGAACGUCAAGUUAAUGUACUUUAUACUGAUACCAAUUAUUUGAGAUGAGUGUGACUGAUGAAGGCCUCAAACAGCAAUUCAAGCUUCUGCAGGAACAGCAGCAGAAGAAACUGGAGAAGAGAAAGCAGAGAAAAGAUGACCAAGAAAAACAAAAAAGAGAUGCACAGAUAGCCAAAAACACGCCACCAAGUUUUGGGAUAGAGGACGACUUGAACCUAAAAUUGGCUGAGCCACCUACAAAUGUUGGAAUCUCAGAGGAACUGGUUGAUCAUUUGAAUGAUGAAAUAAGAGAACUAAAAGAUGAAACUGGUCGCCUGUACAAGCUGUUGAGUGAGAAAGAUUUUGAGAUACGGCAGUUGAAAAAGAAAAGGGAGGAGGAUAAGAUUGCACUUGCGGGGACUGGUGGUGUGACAAAUGAAACUGCUGCAACAAAAAUUGUUGAGCUUUCAAAGAAAGUUCGAGAACUUACUGCGGAGUGUGAAAGUGAAAAGACUAAAGCUAAACAGUAUGCAAAGAAAUGUAAGGAUCUGGAGCAUGAUGUGAAAAACGUGGCACAAAACGAUGGGAAAAAGGCUGGAGAGACCACUGCCAGAUCUCUCAAGUCUGAUGCUCUUGAGAAGGGUCCUGUGACUGAAGCCGAUUUGAAACGUGCUGAGGACAAACUCAAACAUACAGAAGGCAAAGUGGUGGAAAAUAAGUCGCAGAUACAGGCUCUGAAGCAGGAACUUCAAAAAGCUCACAAGAUCAUCACUCAAGAGGUUGGUGAUGGGGUAAAUAUCCAGGGUUUGCUUACUCAAACAAGUCAAUGGAAGGGCAGGGCACAGCAAGUUAUGCUAUUGCAGAAAAAGGUGAAUGAACUGCGACUGGAACUCACCCACUAUAAACUGUCCGGCACCACUGCAAGUGAGGUUAGCUUGGACGAUGAGUUCAUGGGCUCCAGUGCAUCGCUCGUUGGUCGCACCAAGACAGGUUCAGUCACGUCGUCAGAAUAUCGAAACGUGGACACAAUCCGGAAGUUAGAGAAGGAGCGGAAGGAGACACAGGAGAGAGCUGUGGCAGAGUUGAAAGCCUUAGAGGAGGAUUAUACUCAACUAAAACAGAAGUUUGAUGCUUCAAAAGCAAGACACAAGGUGCUGACUAAUGAGAACAAGUCAUUGAAACAACAGAUGCAGACGUUACUUGAGAAGGGCAAACAUGACGAUGACCUUAUUCAAGCUAUGAUGAAACAACAGACCCAGUUGAAGCUGAUGCUGGACGAAACAACAAACCUACAGAAGCAGACAGAAGACUUCAGUGAGAAGAAAGUCAAGGAGUUAGAGCAACGGUCACAGCAAGAUUCCAACAUUGUCGAACAGUUAAAGAGGAUCGUGGCUGAUAAAGAGGCAAAGGUGAAACAGUUUGAGGAAGAAAUUAGACAGAUGAAACUAAAUAGUUUACAGAAGGCCCAAAAUAAUGGUGUUGGAUCGUUGUUCGAGUCUCGUCCCAGCACUGCCGCCAGUCAGAUCCCAGUGGCUGUCACUGUUCUACCCGAGAGACGAGAGUCUGUCAUGAUCAUGGAAUCAGUUUCCCCACCAGCAUCACGACAGAGCAGCCGGGCGCAGUCACGAAUGACGGACUCCAGACGAUCUAGCAGACCGAUGAGUCGGCUGCAAAGCACAGGGGCGGCCAACAAGGAAGUUGAGGAGUAUCGUGUUCAGCUCCAGGAGUACAAGUCUAUGCAACUGGCCGCAGAGGUAGAACGAGAUAAACUUGCUGAACUCGUCAAACUUUUGCAACAAAGGUUAAACGAAAGUACCCAGAAGGCCACUGAGUCACAAACAGAUCUACAGAAUCAAAAGCGGAGGAAUGUCGCUCUGGAGAAACAGUUGGGCAAGGCGAAAAUAGAACAGAAACAAGCUGCAAGUUUAGGUUAUUCUCCUGCCAAGAAACCAGGGAAAUCAAAAUCUAACAACACGUCGGCCACGGGAUCACAUGAAACAAUGGGUAUUGACGAUGAAUUAAACAAAGACUCACCAAUUGAUGCUAAUAUAGAUGAAUUACAAACAAGUUUGGAGAUCCAGCGAGAUGAAAAUGAGGCACUGAAGGAAGCGUUACAGAGCACUCUUAGAGCGAAGGAGGAGGAUUUGAGACUCUACCAUCAGACAAUUGAUGAAACAAGGAAGAUAUUCCUCCAUGGGUUAAGACAGUUUAAAACAGAAAGUUAGGUUAUGGAUGACUUGCAACUGGUCUCUAUACUAAUAUCUUCAUAGAAACUGUAACUAAUUAUUGAUCAGUUCAAUAGAAGAGUAAGCUUAUUAGUGAAAAGGCUGCUGUCCAAAUAUGUACAUUGUUUUCAUCCGUCCUCCAGUGAAAAUGUAAAGCCAUUUCCAUUGAUACCGAGUUGCAGUGAUAACGGAUAUCUAUUGAAGACCGAGGUAACAUUCCACCUGUAGAACGUCCAAUAUUUUCCAUAUUCUUGUACAAGUAAGCCUAUUUCUUACCCUUGUCAUCUGUUUUUCGUCCACAGUCUGUACUGCUUGUCCACUGUCUCCCGUGUAUUUACACAUUUCCAUGUGUACUUUGUGUAGUAUUUUGUUGCAGCACUGCAAUAAAGUGAUUAUGUUA